AUGAGCAGCUAUAUCCCUCACUUUGGCAGUGAGUUUUCGGGCCAGACCCAAGCCAAUGGCAGAGUCAAUGGACAUGACGUUCCUGCACCACAAGCAUCGCCCCAGCUACAGGAGACUAAGCAGGGCAUUUGGGAAUCGAUCCAGCAACUCGGCAGCCUCUUGAAAGCAGUUAGGGCUCCACUACCAACUGAGACAGGCGAUGGCAGCGAGCUACCCCAAGAAGACAAAGCCAACUUAAUGAAGGAUGUCGAGAAUCUGUACAAAGAUAUCCGCAGACAGGAUAUCAACGACCUCGGGGCACUCCUCGAGACUUUCAAACAUGCCGCGCUCAAGGAGCCUUUGGAUGACAGGGACUAUCUCAUGGAGAGCUUGGUCGCUGUUGCGUCCAAGAUGCCCGACGCAAAGGUCCAGAAGAAGAUCACGAACCAAUUUAUCACAACCCUUUGGGAUGACCUCGAGCACCCACCUCAGACACUGCUCAGCGAUGAGUACAAGUUCCGCCAACCAGACGGCAAGAACAACAACUACAAGUACCCGAACAUCGGCAGAGCUGGCAUGCCAUACGCCCGUACAGUCCCUCCGAAGACGAAGCAGUCGGCAACCCUUCCAGACCCUGGCAUAUUGUUCGAUGCCUUGAUGGCUCGGAAGAAGCCAGCCGGACAGGCGCACCCAAACGGCAUCUCUAGUGUGCUCUUCUAUCUGGCGAGUAUCAUCAUUCACGAUGUCUUUAGGACCUCGCACGAGGACUACAAUGUCUCAUUGACAUCUUCAUAUCUCGACCUUGCUCCUUUGUACGGCAGUAACUGGAAAGAGCAGAAGCGCAUGAGAACUUUCAAGAACGGAAAGAUCAAGCCUGAUUGCUUCUCAGAGUCUCGUCUUCUCUCGUUUCCUCCUGGUGUUGGCGCUCUACUGAUUUGCUUCAACCGUUACCACAACUAUGUUGUCGAGCAGCUUGCCGCCAUCAACGAAGACAAUCGGUUCUCUGUGGACCCAAGGCAUCCGACGGUCAAGCGAUAUGCGGAGAGUGAUGGCAAAGAGCCCGAAGAGAUCGACAAGCGCGACGAUGACUUGUUCCAGACGGCACGAUUGAUCACAACCAACCUUUACGUCAACUUAAUUCUCAUCGACUACGUUCGGACGAUUUUGAACCUCAACAAGACGGACGACAACUGGCAACUCAAUCCUCGCAUCGAAAUCCCAGAUGGCCCAGCCGUUGGGACUGGCAACCAAUCUUCGGCAGAGUUCAACCUGGUCUACCGAUGGCACUCAGCCGUGUCGGAGAAGGAUGACCUUUGGACACAACAGCUUUUCAAGGAGCAAUUCCCCAAGGUCAAGCCCGCGGAUGUUGGGAAGCCAGGUGGCUUAUACCCAUUCUUGGGCAGGCUCAAGGAAUUUGCCGACGAUCUGUAUAACCAGGAACCAGAAGCCCGCCCUUUCCCGGGCCUCCAAGCCGAACAAGCAAAGAUGCAGCGUCAGAAAGAUGGCCCAUACAAGGGCUCCUUCAGAGACGAAGAUGUUGCAGAGCUUCUCACCGCUAGCAUUGAGGACUGUGCCAAUGCUAUGGGACCACAACAAGUACCGCCCGUCAUGAAGGCCGUUGAAAUGCUCGGCAUUAUGCAGGCCAGAACAUGGAAAUGCGCCACCUUGAACGAAAUGCGGAAGCACUUCGACCUGAAGCCUUACGAGAAGUUCAGCGAGGUUACAGACAAUGUCGAGGUGCAAGAAGCACUGAAGCACCUCUACGAUACACCUGAUCAGAUCGAAUUGUACCCAGGUUUGGUGAUCGAAGACUCAAAGGAAGCCAGAAUGCCAGGCUCAGGAUUGUGCCCUUCUUACACAGCUUCCCGUGGUGUGCUGUCUGAUGCAGUCGCUCUUGUUCGAGGUGACAGAUUCUACACGACUUCCUGCACGCCGGCCCUUCUGACCAAUUGGGGAUACCAAGAGACACAACCAGACCUCUCGAUCGACAAUGGAUGCUUGUUCUACAAGCUCCUGCUGCGUGCACUGCCCAACAGCUAUGACCCAACGUCCGUCUACGUGCACUACCCAAUGACUGUACCUGAUGAGAUGCACCGUGUUCUCCGAGUGCUCAAGAAGGAUCAUCUAUAUAACUUCGACAAGCCGAAGGAGAUCAAGCACCCCGUUGUGGUCUUCAGCCACGAUGCAGCCGUCAAAGUCGCCAACGACCAGGAGACAUUCAACGUCACAUGGGGACCAGCGAUGGAAUUCCUGAUGGGUCCAAAGGCCAAGAACUUCAUGCUUGCCGGUGACGGGCCUGCCAACGCUAAGUCUCGCAAGCUGAUGGAGAAUGCAAUGUACCAACGCGAACCAUCAAGAGGCAUACCGAGUGGCAACGAAAAGUGGCUCAAGGCCGUUCGCGACUUCUACGAGCAAAAGACAACCGAACUGCUCAAGGAGAAAUCCUACAAACUCGCUGGGGUCAACAAUGUUGACAUCAUCCGAGACGUUGGCAAUCUCGCUCACGUCCACUUCGGCGCUGAGCUGUUCAGCAUCCCACUGAAGACCAAGAAAUUCCCCCAUGGCCUCUUCACCGAGCAGCAGCUAUACAUGAUCAUGGCCGCCGUCUUCAUCUGCGUCUUCUUCGACCUCGACCCCCCCAAAAGUUUCCCCCUCCGUCAAAAAGCCCGCGCAGCAUGCCAACAGCUCGGCAAAAUCAUGAAACUCCAAGUCCAAUCCAUCGCCACCGGCGGCCGUCUCGUCGAAUGGCUCAUCGACACCAUCAAACCCAACGACGGACCUCUAGGCGCUUAUGGCGUGCACAUGAUCGCCGAGCUCUGCAAAGCCGACACAGACAUCGACGACCUCGUCUGGGGCAACAUCAUGGGCACCGCCGGCGGCAUGGUCGCCAAUCAAGGCCAACUCUUCGGCCAAGCCCUCGACUACUUCUUCACCGAAGGCCGCCGAUACCUCCCCGACAUCAACAAGCUCGCAAAGCAAGACACGCCCGAAGCAGACGAUACGCUAAUGCACUACCUCAUGGAAGGCGCGCGCCUCCGCGGCGAGACGGGAAUCUUCCGAGUCGCGACAAAGGACGUUACAAUCGAGGACACAACCGAAAUCCUCGGAAAACGCACCCACAACCUCAAAAAAGGCGACAAGAUCAUGGUCGACCUCAAAGCCGCCGGUCGCGAUCCAAAAUACUUCCCCAACCCAGACACCCUAGACCUGACCCGCCCAAUCGACUCCUACCUCAUGCUCGGCCAGGGCCCACACCAAUGUCUCGGGCUCCCGAUGACGCGGGUAGCCUUGACGACGAUGCUGAAAGUCAUCGGGCGUCUGGACAAUUUGCGACCCGCGACGGUCGCGAUUGGGAAGAGUAGUGGCGAGCAUUGUGUUAAGAAGGUGUUGAAGGAGUUUGUGCCGGGGGAUAAGGAAGUGGUGCCCGAGGAGUGGCAUUAUCAUGUUUAUCUGACGGAGGAUUGGGAUUUGUAUUUUCCGUUUCCGACGAGUCUUAAGAUUAAUUGGGAUGGUCCAAUUCCUGAGGCGAGGAGGCAUUGA